AUGAAGUUCAUGAAGAUUGGGACAAAGCCUGACACUUCCUACACUCAAGAUUCCUCAAGGUUGUUCCGCCAUCUCACUGCCUCUAACCACCCUCCAAAUCCCAUCUCUCUGAUAAAAAUAUAUUUACACUGCAGGAUUUUGGUAACAGAUACACCCAACGAUCUCAUUAUAAAAAUCAACAACAUCAGUUAUCAUCUCCACAGAUCUUCUCUUGUUCCAAAAUGUGGCCUGUUAAAUAGGCUUUGCACUGAUCCAGAGGAGUCUGAUAGUGUUACAGUAGAAUUGAAUGACAUACCUGGAGGAGCCAAUGCUUUUGAACUGUGUGCUAAGUUCUGCUAUGGUAUCACCAUCAACCUUGGUGCUCAUAACCUUGUGGAUGCACUCUGUGCCUCCAAGUUUCUUCAGAUGUCUGAUUCUGUUGAAAAGGGUAACCUGUAUCCAAAGCUUGAAUCCUUUUUCCACUCAUGCGUUCUCCAUGGUUGGAAAGACUCCAUAGUCGCUUUGCAGUCCACUGCUAAAUUGCCUGAAUGGUGUGAGAAUCUUGGAAUCAUCAGAAAGUGUAUAGACUCAAUUGUGGAGAAGAUCCUCACUCCCACCUCAGAGGUCUCUUGGUCUCAUACAUACACCAGACCAGGCUACAAAAAGAGACAGAACCACUCAGUUCCAAGAGACUGGUGGACGGAGGAUAUAUCAGAGCUUGACUUGGACUUAUUCCGCUGUGUUAUCACAGCAGCCAGGUCAAGUUCCACGCUGGUCCCUCAGCUCAUAGGCGAAGCUUUGCAUGUAUAUACCUGCCGUUGGUUACCAUACUUCAAAACAAACAGCCAUUCAAGUUUCACCGCUAAAGAAACCGAAGCAACGCUGGAAAAGCAUCGCCGUGUUGUUAACACGGUUGUGAACAUGAUACCUGCAGAUAAAGGGUCUGUCUCAGAAGGUUUCUUGCUGAGACUUGUUAGCAUAGCGAGUUACGUGGGAGCUUCUAUCACUACAAAGACUGAGUUGAUUAGAAAAGCUGGUCUGCAACUUGAUGAGGCAACUCUUGCAGACCUCUUGUUGCCUUCACAGUCAUUAUCCCCUCAUCUCCAGAGAUAUGAUACUGACUUGGUUUCUGCAGUUCUUGAGAGUUUUCUAACGCUCUGGAGAAGACAGUCUUCUAGUAACAGUCAGUUGCUACAUUCACUUAAGAAGGUGGCAAAGCUUAUAGACUCUUAUCUUCAGGCAGUCUCACAAGAUGUGGAUAUGCCAGUUUCGAAAUUUGUCUCUCUUGCUGAGGCAGUGCCUGAUAUUGCACGGGAGAGCCAUGACAGACUUUACAAAGCAAUCAACAUGUAUCUCAAGGUGCAUCCGGAGAUAAGCAAAGAAGAGAAAAAAAGAAUAUGCAGAAGUCUUGACUGCCAGAAACUUUCUGCAGAGGUACGUGCACACGCUGUGAAAAACGAGAGGAUGCCAUUAAGAACGGUCGUCCAGGCCAUCUUCUUCGACCAAGAGAGCAGUUCCAAGGAAGCUAGCCAAGUUCUCGUCUCAAGAGGUAAAGAGAUCCCCAUGAAUGAACACAACAUGAUGCAAAAGCUUCACCUAGGUUCAGCUGAAACAGCUUCUUCUAUAGGGAAAGCUACAAGUAUACGUGAGGGAGGAGGCAAAACAAGAGAGGAGAAAAUCAGUUCUGGUACAGACCCCAGGAAGCUUGUGAGGCAAGGAACAGGAUCAGAGCAUAAGCGUCAUGCAAGUAGAGACAGGUAGUGGACUAAACGUGUUAAGCCAAAUUCAGUCUCUUGCUUUGUAUUCACCAGAGUUUUGCUUCUUCAAUUUUUUUUCUUUCUAUGAAGAACUGAUGACAAUUGUAGAUGGUCAAGUGACAAUAUAAUGUAUUGAUACAGUGCAGAGCUUAAGCUCUUGCUCAACCAUUCUUCUUGAGCUCAUGGUCUGUUUAGUAUGGUGUGUUGGAUUAAGCAA